CAUUCAUAAAGCCCAUUCACCUAGCCUAUUCACUCUUCUCAUUGAUAGCCAAUUGUUCCUAGUAUCCAUUCAUCUCCAGUCAACAAUGACUUGUUGGCAGCGACAAUAGAAUGCUCGCAACAAGCCUAUGCUUAAGUACCAAGCUCUGCGGUUUCUAUAAAACUUACGAUGCACUGCCAGAUUCUUAUCAUUUUCUUCCGUCGUCUGACUUAUAUACCACAAGAUCGUGGUGAGCAAAUUUAUUCAACUUGACUCGAUAUUUUUCUUGAUCGCAAAUUCACCCUUGACUGAAUCCUUUGCGAUUCUCUGUCGUAGAGAUCAUCAAACUCUUUCGACAACCACAAGCCUACAGGACUUCUAUCUUUUAAAUAUUGGUUCUCAUAAUGCAGCGGGAAUCUGUUGAGUCAGUCAGUCAUGAACUGUCCUGGAGGGAGCAGUUCUCCAAUGACAGCAACCCUGUUGUGACACCGAUUUCCACAAGCCCGGAAUUGUCCGAGAACACCGAGCAACCUGAGCGGUCUGAUGAUUCAAAUCAUUCGAAUGAAUCGGUUAAAGAGUCAUCUGAAGAGGAGAAUGGCGACCAUAAAGACAACUCAAAUUCCGUAGAUCCUUGGGGUCUUACCGAGCUUCCAGAGUAUGUGGACACUAGAACACCGCUGCAAAUAACUCAGGACGAAGUAAAGGAGAAUUGGGUCAGACGCAGCGAAACGAGUCGCUACGAACGGGUUAUCGUUCUGCUGAUUAGCUGGGAGGAGCACGAUCUACCAGGCUUGGAUGCGGACCAGAAACAGUUUCAAACGACUUUCGAGUGCCUAUACAAAUACGAUGUAUGGCGCUUCAAAAUUCCUAUGAAGAAACCUCAUCUGGCUUUAACUAAGAAGCUUAUGGACCUGGCACGUGCAGACAGUCCCGAGACUCUUUUUAUUAUCUGGUAUGACGGCCAUGGGAAUGAGCAUGAAGAUCAAAGGGGCUGCCCUAGAUGGUCGUCGCAUUUUGAGGCCAAGAUGAGCUCUACGGUAGAUUCGAGCAUCAUUUCCAUUGCCCUUGCCGAUUCUGAGGCCGAUAUCCUCCUCAUAAACAAUGCGUGCAGCAGCUUAACUUGCGGCCGUUUUAGGGGCGAGGGCAUCGUCGAGUGUAUAAGUGCAUCCGCCUUCAAUACCUCCACAUACGGAUCCCACAAACCCGAUGACUUAUCACUCAGCAUGUCAUGGGCCGCACUAAGAAUCUUGAGGGACAGAAAAUCCGUAGAAGAAGGCAUCUCGGUCACUGAACUCCAUCGUCAGAUAUGUUUAGCUGUUCAAUGGACUGGCGGAGAGCAUCCCGACUAUGACGAGGUAAAUCCAGAAUCUCAAGUCUUUUGGAAGCCUAGGGACAUACGCAGUCAGCCGGUAUAUACUCGAUUAUCAGCCGAUGCAGUAGGCGCCCAUGGAAGGACGCGGGGCAUUGUUCUUCGCCAGUUAAAACCAACGAUGGGGAGCUUUGGGGAUUAUAUACAUCAGCCUGACCUGCAGAUACAGCUUAAAGUGACCAGUGUAGACGAAAUGGAUUCGAAACAGUGGUCUGAUUGGCUUCUAUCUGCCCCGCCUGAUGUCCUGGUUAUCCGGUUGGAAGGCCUAUCGUGCGAAGACGAUAACGACGUGGCCGAGACGCAAUCUCGGGAUGACUCAUGGUAACUUGUUUAAGCAGGUCUAGACGUAGUGAGGAUGAGACUUUUAUUAUAACUUGAGCUGGGCAUGGAGAUGUUCAGAACUCUCAGAGUCUGCACAACACCAAAGUUGUUAGCAUAUCUCUACAAUCGUUUUGGAAUGUUACAUGCCUAUCAGUUGACAGAUAGUUUUGGAGUCACUUAUCGGCGUAGCAGAUAGCACCACAAGGAAUAUAAGUUUUCUGGAAGAACA